CUAUUCUGGUAGCUGUGAGCUAUGGAGGUGUCACGUGAAGCAAAGAGCCAGAAAUGCAUGUCAAAUCGAACCACUGACUAAUCAUGGUAUUUUGGUUGUCUUAGUGGCUGCCGGGGAAAGAUUUAUGGGCUCAGAAAAAUCUUCCCAUAAUAAUCCCUGGGUGCUGAUUUGAUCUUCGGCUGAGGCUUCCCAGGACCGUGCGGAAAGAGGACGGAAAGGGGGUUGCUGUCCCUGGGUGGUGACGUCUAAACUGAUCGGAGUUCAACAUACAAAGAAGAGGAGAAAAGUCAGCGCUCUCUUCUCAUCUGUGUCUGCUCAGAGCCACGCGCUGGCAGCCAGAGAGGAUCCCUUUGAUCUGCCUGUGGAGCAAGAAGGGUUGGGGGCGACGGCUGAGCAGACACGAAGGGCCACUUAUUGGGACUGUCAUCUAGCUCCCUCAUCUGUCACCUGAUGGCCAGCCAAGCAAGUGCUCGGCACAGCUGUGGACUCUUCAUCCUUGUGCAACUUGUGGAGGCAACAAAAGUAAGCAUCCUACAGCUGAUAUGACAUUCGGCUAUUUUUUCUAUAAAGGAAUGAAUUGAAUUCACUACAAAUCUACUAACUGUCCCCCUAUGCCCGGCAAGAUACUGACUUGUUAUUUUGGGUUGGGCUUUUCUCUAACAGCUGGAGGUCUGCUGGGCAUUCAAGCAAUGGCUCUUGAGUAAGGCAGCUGUUUCAAUAUCUAAUUGCAUUUUAGCUCUAAUAGCUCAAGAGAAAAGCAUUGCAUUGUCUGCCAUGAGCUACUUCCUGUCCUACUGCAAAGCACACUGCACCACCGUGCUCACUCAAUACCAGAGCCUGAGAUCAGAGGGCUUUCUCUGUGACAUUUUGCUGAAAGUGAAAGAAAACGAGUUUCCUGCACACAAGUCCUUGUUGGCAUGCUCCAGCGACUACUUCCGAGCCAUGUUCAAAAGUUACACCCAAGAGUCUAAAGCCAGUGUCAUUCACCUACAAGUUGUCUCACCCACUGGGCUCCAGCACAUCCUGGAUUUCAUUUACACAUCCUUCCUGCCCCUUUCCUUUGAAAGCCUGGAGGAUACCUUGGAAGCUGCAAGCUACUUGCAAGUCACUGAUGCUAUUGGCUUGUGCAAUCAGUACUUAGUUAACAAUCUUGCCUUGGAAAACUGCUGCUACUCCGCCAAUGUGGCCAGGAAGUUCUACCUGCCAGACGCCCUAGCAGCUGCAGAAAAAUACAUUAUCAAAAAUGUCUGGAAGCUGCUGGACUUGGAUUUGUCAGGACUUCUCGAGCUGAACUUCAGGUCUUUGCUAGCAGUGAUUCAAUCACCAGAUCUCCCCAUGGUGGAAGAACACCGCCUGCUGAAUCUUGUCCUGCUGUGGUUGAAGCAGGAUAAAUCCAGGCUGGAUCAUGCAAGCAGCCUUUUAGAGCACAUAAGAUAUGGUCUUAUCCCAGUGGAAGAGCUGAGAAAAACCUACACACAGUCAGAAGUGUCCCUCUCAGCAGGUAUUAAGUGCUUGAUCAUAAAAGCAAUAAAUUAUCACACAUCUGUAUUCAAACAGCCUGUCGUGCAGGAUAAGUCCACCACACUGAGGAACCAGAAAACUCGGAUCAUUCUGCUGGGGGGAGGCACAGCAAGCGAGGGGCUCGUCACUGAUGUGGUGGCCUUCGAUGUUUACAAUCACAAAUGGCGAACCCUCACACAGCUGCAGGACAGGGUGCAGAACCACAGCGUGUGUGUGGUGGGGAACUUUCUCUAUCUCUUGGGAGGAGAGAUAGAAAGCGGUACCCUUGGUGAUGCUAAAAUUGGAAAGACCUUAUCGGUUACAAACAAGGUCCAUCGGUAUGAUCCGAGAUUUAACACAUGGACCCAAAUCACGGGCAUGCUGGAAAAGAGAUGCCAGUUUUCUUGCUGUGUGCUAGGCAAGGAUAUCUUUGCCAUUGGUGGAAGGGGUGAGGACGGAUUGCUGCAUUCAUCUGUGGAAGUCUAUGACAUCAGCAGAGAUAGAUGGAGGAAGGCCAGGGAAUUGCCAUGCAGGAUACAUGGUCAUGCCAGUGCUGUCUGCAAGAACACCAUAUACAUCUCUGGGGGCAAGCACUCGGCCUCAGCCAGCACAAGCAAUGACGUUUAUUCUCUGAGCUCACUUGAAGGGCAGUGGGUGAAAUGUGCCCCAAUGAGCAUUGCUCGGUUUGGGCAUCAGAUGGCAACAAUCAGGGGAUCCAUUUUCACCUUUCUGGGACUGUAUGAACCUUUCUCUGAAAUAGAAAGGUAUGACCCAGAUCAAAACCAAUGGACUCGGUUGAAGCCGCUGGUCUACGAUCGAUUCUCCUAUGGCCUGGCAGUGGUAGAGGAAACAGCUCUUCUUAUUGGGGGAAAGAAAUGGCAAAACUCGCUGGAGGUCUCCACGCAAGACGUGGUUGGCUAUGACAUCGACAACGAUGGCUGGGAAGAGAUCUGCAAGGCCCCUCUGCCGUGGUGUGGGCUGCAGUGUGCUGUGCUCCAGCUCUCCGAGGUGGCCGAAGAGCAGGACAGCGACAGCCAGCAGAAGAAGCUGCCCAACCGCUGAGCUCCCAUGCUGAGGAACAUCUAUCCCAGGAGAUGAGUGAGCAGGGCAGUCCUGGGGAAGAAGAAAAUUGCACUGGCAUUGAACAUGAAAGUGGAAGUUUUGCUUGGAUAAGCCAAAAGCUUGGUGGAAACAGGCAAGAAAAUCUGGCUCCAGCACAGGAAACACAUCUAGGAUUUAUACAGCUGGAAGCUGAUCUCACUGAGCAAGGAUGCAGCAAGCAGCACGCUUAGAGGCGAUGAGUGAGAAUUGUAAUCCUUGACUUUUGGAUAAUACCUAGAUAGCAAUUAGUAGGUGUUGUAAGUGGGAUUUUUCAAAUAUUAAAAAAUAUAAUCCAUCUUUUCUGUUUUCUUAAUCAGAGGUAAUUUUCCCAGCUGGUAAGUGUUAUUGAGUUUUUAUGCUAUGGCUAAGCGAGAGCUGUAUAAAGACUAGAAAAUUGAUGCCUACGAGAAUUAGCAGCAAGCAUUGCCAAGGAAAAGGUAUUAUUUGAUAUACUACUUACUAGGCAAGAAUGUCUUAGCUAACCAGCAUGAAAUUACUGGCAGAAAGCAUGGACUUUUCACUAUGUAGACUCAGCUACAGCUGAAAGUUAAAAAGUGUUUGAUAGAAGCCAUUUCUCUCUCAGUGGCCUUUGCUGUAGAACACCUUCCAGAUGCUUAAUUUGUGUAAUUUUAAAGAUGCGCACUGCUGGUGAUGUGCAAUUCUUUUGUAUCCAAACCCUGUACUGGCUCAGAUGGCCAGAGCUGAGUGGGUAUCCUUAUCCUUAGCCUCCAAGAAGUUUCUUACAGGAGUAACAAGCUGUUUCUGAUGCCUUGGCAUUUACCUCAGCACCAUACGCUGUUUAUCACACCUGUUCAUAAGGCUAAAAUGCUUUGUUGCUGUUGAGCUGCUACAUGAGAGAACACAGCAGUCAAAAAGGUUUACUUUCAUCAAAGAGUACAAAGGGGAGGGAGGUAACUGAAGGUUUUCAGAAGCCUUUACUCAGUGUCUGCUUACAUACAAAUCAGUAAUUGUGUCACUCCCUUUUGGCCACACUGGCAGCAUUUGAAGUCGCAGUGGGGUACUUUAAGAUACAUGAAUAUGUGAAAUGUAGACAAAAUGGUCAGAUGCUACAGAAUCAGUCUGGUAUGGACUAAAGGGAAUCUUGAGCCAUAAAUGUUCAUUUAAAAGCUAAAUUUAUUGUACUUCAUUUUACAGUGUUCCCUUUCUAGGCUGAGAGUUAAUACAAUAAAAAUAUAUAUAGAAGAACAUUUAAUAGUUUUAAAAGAAGGCAGCACAAUGGAGAGGACACAUGUUCUUUGUCACUAGACUAGCUUAAAAAACGGUAAUGUUUCAUUUUUACCUUUAAAGCAACCAAGCUAACUUUACUAAUGUAAAGUGCAGGCAGAAUGGCUGUUGCAUAGCAACAGAUCUAAGUCUUCUGAACUGCCUUGGUUUUGACAAGGAAUCAACUACACAAUGUGCAUAUACAUCCAUCAGAUAUAAAGAGUUUUUCAUAUGAAUAUAUUUACUUUUGGUCCAGUAAAACAAUAGCAAGAGAAUCUAAAUGCUUGGAACAAUAGCACAAUCCAUUUCAAGUCAAGCAUUUUUUAAGAGAAAUUUACAAAAACCUCACGAAUUUAAUAUACAAGUCAGUACCCAUGCAGUAAAUAAAUGUCCAGUUUAUACAAACAAUAUUCUUCUAAUAGUACAAAUCUUACACUGGAUCCAGAAUUCUAUACAAACGUUCAUACAUGAUUUGUCAUUCAGACAACUUGAA